AUGAAAGCAAGUUCACCAAAUCAUAAAAUUAAAGAGAAUUAUGAAGUAAAGAAGUCAUACAAAGCAACUAAUUAUCAAUGUGCUGUAGAAGGUAUUCUUAUUGCAUUAAUUGCACAACAUUGUACUAUAGAAAUAAAUAAGCCAAGUAAGAAAUGUCUUGUUACUCAACAAUUUAUUAAAGUAAUAAGAGUUAAUUUUAGCCAAGGAGAUUCUAUUAAUGUCUCUAUAUUUAUUAAUAAUAGAUGUAAUGAAAGGAAAGAACAUGAAAUUAAAAUGAACUCAAAUGUAAGAACAGCUACUAGAAGAAUACAAAGUUAUAAACGUAUUGAAACAAUUCAUUUAUUAAUUGAUAUAUUAAGAGAAUAUGGAUAUCUCUUUAAGUCUAAAUAUGUUGAAGGGAAAAAAGGAGUUCUUAAAUUAGAGAAUGUUACAGCAAUAUACUAUAAUAAUAAACUUCUUCUUAAUAUUAAAACAAUAUUUGAACGUGGAAUAAAAAUUAUUAAUUACUUAUAUCAUAGAACUGCUUCUACCGGAAUGGCUUUUCGACUUUCUUCUAAAAAUGAAUUUCUUUCUUCACUUCUUUAUGGUACUUCAAAUGAAGGAAAUAAUUAG